UCCAGUCAUACGAUCUGUCAUCAUCCUUCAUACAAUGCGAAAAGGGAAGUUGAAAGAAGUGGGAGAGGGACAUCGCCGAGCCUUAUGAGAUCUAACGUUACGGUAGCUGUCUGGGUAAUCGACACACUGAACAGAUACUGAAGUGACACGAAGAUUGUCCUGAAGACACCAUUCACAAUAGCUAGCCUCUUCUUUUUGGUAUUUUCUACAGUUUUUCACAGUGCGUUAGCGUCCAGAGGAAGAGACCGGGCAGUGUGACAUGGCAAGUAGAGGCGGAGCUACACGACCCAAUGGGCCAAAUGCCGGCAACAAGAUCUGCCAGUUCAAACUUGUGCUUUUAGGAGAGUCAGCAGUGGGGAAGUCGAGUCUCGUACUUCGUUUCGUCAAGGGACAGUUUCACGAAUUCCAAGAGAGCACAAUCGGAGCUGCCUUCCUGACUCAGACGGUAUGUUUGGACGACACAACAGUCAAAUUUGAAAUCUGGGACACAGCUGGUCAGGAGCGCUACCACAGUCUGGCUCCCAUGUACUACAGAGGUGCCCAGGCAGCCAUUGUGGUGUAUGAUAUCACAAAUGAGGAGUCAUUUGUACGGGCGAAGAACUGGGUUAAAGAGCUUCAGAGACAAGCCAGUCCAAAUAUUGUAAUAGCUCUGGCUGGGAACAAGGCUGAUCUCGCAAACAAGAGAGCACUGGACUUCCAGGAUGCACAGUCAUACGCAGAUGAUAACAGCUUGCUUUUUAUGGAAACAUCAGCAAAGACCAGUAUGAACGUGAAUGAGAUAUUCAUGGCCAUCGCAAAAAAGCUGCCCAAGAAUGAGCCUCAAGCAGCCGGAGCCAGCAGCGGGCGGAACCGGGGAGUGGACCUGACGGAGACGGCUCAGCCUACCAGCCGUUCCUGCUGCAGUAACUAACCCUGUUCAUCCUUCCCACACACAUCCCCCCUCCUCUGCCUCCCCCCCCCACCCCUCCCCACCUCCUAACUGAACAUCUGGACAUCGGGCUCCUUGGCUUCCUGACGUCAGACCUGACUGUCCUCCUCACUCCCCUGGAAUAGCUAAAAGACUCUGUAUAGCUGCAUUUCUAAUACCUUUUUUUUUUUUUUGAUGUUCUUUUUUUUUUUUUUAUCUUUUUUUUUUUAAGAAGUGUAUAUCAGUAUAAUGGAUGCAUGUAUCACUACAACGCCUAAACACAUUUUUAUCUUUUAUUCAGUUGGAAGAAUAACCCCCAUUUAGGAAAGAUGAGUGAGCGAGAAACCUGUGAAUGUCUGAUUGUGUCGAAGUGUGAUUUGCUGAUGAGAAGGUGUAGCCUCAUUUGUCACUUCACAGGGUUGACUGGGUGCGAAUGAUGUUGCCUGUGUGCUCACAAUCAAAAGAAAACCAAAUUGUUCCCAUCUUGAGACGCCCGGCUUCUCAGACUGUCUGUCUGUUGUGAGGCAUCAAUGUAUUGAGACAGUGCCAGGAAAUGACUGUUGUGCAAAUCAAGAAUAACUCCCUCCUCACAAGAAGAAAUCUUCAUUCAAGGCAGAAAAUACAUUUGGUACUGUCCAGUUUUUGAAAAAUGUUGGAAAAACUACACACAAAAAAAAAGUCUUUGAGUGUAUAGAAAAGAAAAACUGCCCUGAGCCAUAUCUGGCUGCCUAUUGUGCGUCGCCAUCUGUAGAGCAAUACGGGCUUGUCACAUUGCCGUACAUUAUGACAACAAAGUCUUUGUAGUGUGAAAAUACACAGAGCUUUGAAAAGUGCAGGAACCAACACCAACAUGAACAUGAGGCCGGUAUAUGGCAGGAUUCUUUUUUUUCAUUUCGGCUUUGCUAUUUAACAAAUGUUUUCAUGUUGCGGCAUCAUGGAGUCCAUCACAGGAGUUACAUUUUGACACUGUUAUGGCUUCACAUGGAGCUGUUGAACACCCUGCUAUGUGAGUUGCAAAGACUUGAACAUACGACUAGUUCUAUGUUAAACUCUCGUCUUUGUUAAUCCGCCCUGUUUCUGUCCAGGUCAGUAUCAUUUUGGGUGAUCUCAAUCAAAGGAGGGGGGGAGGGGGAUUGAUUUUAGAGUAGAGUUCAGACGGCACACAAACAGAAAAUUGGACUACUACCCAUUGUCUGAAAAAAAAUAUACUCUAAUGUUGUCCUAGGGUGCAAUGUUGUCUUCUUCCUCCUUUUUAGCACAGCUUGCAGAGCUCGUAAGCUCACAAGGAAAUUACCUAGAGAUUCCGAACAAUUGUACAGUUCAAUAUAGGUCUGCUUUUUUUGUUUUGUUUGUUUUCAUCCUCGACCAUGUCACAAAAUGGUCAAAUGUUAAGCAGUGGUGGUCUUUUUAGGUAUAUGUAGUGUUUUUAACAAAAUCCCUCUCUGGUGUCUUGUUACUUUUCUCUGAAAUGGUUCAUGGUCAUGUUUGAAAGGAACUUAUAUUUGCAUUGCACACUGUUGAUCAUGUUUUAAUUAAUGACUGCCCUUCGAUUUUAUACGACGGACUGUAUUGGACUUGCUAACCUACAGCUAUAAGCAGGUGGCAUAAUUAACCUUACUGGUGGUCUCUCUCACAGCUUAAUGAAUUUUAAUGAUGUAAAACAGCAUUACUAGUGAUGGGCUGAUCAGUUUUGAGUGUCUGAAUACAACUUAAUAAAUUCAAUAAAGAGCUCUCUUGUAUGGCUUUUUGCUCUGAA